AAGUAGAGAGAAUUUCCUUUUCAAUUUUGUGUUGUUGGCUUGUCGCAGAAGUUGGGAUUCGUCUUUUUUUGCCCUGAAAACGAAACGAAUUGGAAAAGUAACAUCAUCGGAUAGAGAUGGCUAGAUACGAUCGAGCAAUUACUGUCUUCUCCCCCGACGGUCACCUCUUUCAAGUCGAAUACGCCCUUGAAGCCGUCCGCAAGGGUAACGCCACCGUCGGUGUCCGCGGUACCGACACCGUCGUCCUCGCCGUCGAGAAGAAAUCUACCCCCAAGCUUCAGGAUUCUAGAUCAGCCAGAAAAAUUGUGAGCCUUGACAACCACAUUGCCUUGGCAUGCGCCGGGCUCAAGGCAGAUGCCCGUGUCUUGAUUAACAAAGCUAGGAUCGAGUGUCAAAGCCAUAGGCUUACACUAGAGGACCCUGUCACUGUUGAGUACAUCACUCGCUACAUUGCUGGCCUUCAACAGAAGUAUACCCAAAGUGGUGGUGUCAGACCCUUCGGUCUUUCUACUCUUAUCGUUGGCUUCGACCCUUACUCUCGUCUGCCUUCCCUAUAUCAGACUGAUCCUUCUGGCACUUUCUCUGCUUGGAAAGCUAAUGCAACCGGUAGAAACUCCAACUCUAUUAGGGAAUUCCUGGAGAAGAACUACAAAGAAUCCUCUGGCCAAGAAACUAUUAAACUCGCUAUCCGUGCUCUUCUUGAGGUAGUUGAAAGCGGAGGAAAGAACAUUGAGGUUGCUGUAAUGACACGGGAGGAAACUGGGCUGCGCCAGCUAGAAGAAGCUGAAAUUGAUGCAAUUGUGGCAGAGAUCGAAGCUGAAAAGGCGGCCGCAGAAGCAGCCAAGAAAGGCCCUCCAAAGGAAACUUGAUAAAACAAUAUCUCAAUUCAGCCACAAAGACUGCUCUUUGGUCUCAAUUAUCAUUUAUGUACUUGUUGAUGUUUGGUUUGAAGACCUGCUCCACAAAAUUUCUGGGUUGAUUAGAUAUCUCAGCUGUUUUCGUUUGUUGGUUGGUUUGUCCUUCAACUUGGUUUGAUACCUCCAAAGUCCAAAGCAUGACUAACCAACUUUGAUUAAAUGUUGCAUUUGGAGACAGAGAGUUGCUCUGACGUUCCA